AUGUGAUCAAAUAUUUUCAAGAUGGCGACGUUCUUAGCAGUUCCGCUAAAACAAACUUACGAAGUUGAUGUUGUUAAACCGUUUCGAAACUUCAUUCAAAAUACUUUUUCAUCUGCUAAUCCUGAUGAAUACAACACAGCGAUCAGUGAAUUUCAUAAAUUGAGAAAUUUGACAAUUACAAAGUCGGUUGACAAGCAUGAAUCGGCACUCGAAGUUUUGUACAGGUACUAUGACCAGCUUACAGCUAUUGAAAACAAACUUCCUGUGGCAGAGAAUCAGAUACGUGUGCAGUUUAAGUGGAGAGAUGCUUUUGACAAAGAUUCCCUGUUUUCUGGCAAGAACACACUUGCUAUUGCGUCUGGAGCCUAUGAAAAGGUGUGUGUGAUAUUCAACAUUGGAGCUUUAAUGUCACAGAUUGCCGAAGUACAGAAUCAUGAAAGUGAUGAGGGUCUGAAAACAUCUGCUAAAUAUUUACAGCAAGCUGCAGGUAUAUUUGGGCACUUAAAGGACACCUCAUUGUCAGUGUGUAGCCAGGAUCCUACCCCUGACCUGGCCCCAGACACGCUAAAUGCCCUCACAUCCCUAAUGUUAGCUCAGGGACAGGAGGCCGUGUACAGGAAAGCUGCUACAAGUAUGAAGGAGGCGAUGGUUGUGAAAAUAGCAUACCAAUGUUCCGACCUGUAUGCUGAUGCCAUGAAACUGAUGCAGUUACCAUCUCUCAAAGAACUGUGGCCAAGGGAUUGGCUAGUUUCUGUUGCUAUGAAGCAAGCAGCUUUUCAUUCUCUGGCAGAGUUCUACCAGUCAGUUGUGGCUCAGAAAUCAAAAUGUUACGGAGAACAGAUUUCACGAUUAAAGCAUGCCAAAGAAUUGAUGGCAGCUGCAGCAACCAGAGGGGGCAUGUGUUUCAAUUUCAAGAAUGAGCAGGGUAAAAUACAGCGAGAACUUGAGGCUGCACAGAAAGAUAAUGAUUUUAUAUACCACGAUAAAGUACCGGAUGUUAAGACAUUACCUGCCCUCGGUAAACUAGCCGUGGCCAAACCUCUCCCUAUUCCAGAGAAAUUUUCAACCAGCUUCACUGACUUGUUUGAAAAGAUUGUGCCAAUUCCAGUAUAUGAUGCGUUGAACACGUUUGAAGGUAGAAAAUCACAGGUGACAAACAUGGAGAUAGGUAGAUUACGAGAACAGACUACAUUGAUGAAUGGAGUAUUAGCAUCUUUAAAUCUGCCAGCAGCUCUAGAAGAUGUAGGCGGAGAUAAAGUCCCACAGUCUGUGCUUGACAAAGCUCAGCAAAUAAAAGAUAUGGGCGGUCUGCAGUAUCUUGAUAAGUUAACCUCAGAUUUGCCCGAACUUCUGGUCAGAAAUAGAGAAAUACUGGAUGAGUGUAUCCGUAUGUUGGACGAGGAGGAGAAAUCAGACACCCAAUUAAAAGAACAGUUUAAAGAACGCUGGACAAGAACACCGUCUGCUAGCCUUACAAAACCAAUGAGAGAAGAAAGUGCUAAAUAUAAAAACAUUCUAGACACAGCGAUUGGAGCUGAUAAAAUUGUUCAAGAAAAAUACAAUGCACACAAAAAUGCAAUGUCAUUGCUGUCAAAACCAACACAUGAAAUAGAAAAAGCAUUACCUAGUUCUGGAAGUAGUGGCUCAGUGUCGGGAAAUCCUAUAGUAAAAGAUCUAAAGAAAAUGAUGGAAGAAGUGGAGGCACUCAAAGCUGAAAGGGAAGUUAUUGAAAAUGAGCUAAAAGAAUCAAAGUUUGAUAUGGCUGGAAAGUUUAUGGCGGCACUGGCUGCUGAUGGUGUAGUUAAUGAGGAGAUGAUAUCAAGUCAAGAGUUAGAUUCAGUCUAUGGUCCCCUCAGACAACAGGUUGUUGACAGCUGUCAGAGACAAGAUAUGCUUCUAGCUAGGAUACAGAAUACAAACACACAGUUUUGUCAGAGUAAAGCAUCCAAUCAGACGGGAGCACAGAGGGAAGCCAUGUUGAAAGAUUUAGCUGCGGGAUAUGACGGUUUUAUGGAACUUAAAGGAAAUCUGGAAGAGGGAACAAAAUUUUACAAUGAUUUAACACCAUUGCUGGUACGGCUGCAGAACAAGAUUUCCGACUUCUGUUUUGCACGUAAGACUGAGAAAGAUGAGCUUAUGGCUGACCUGCAGAAGUCCAUAGCACGGCAACCUACUGGUCCCCCACCUUCACAACCCCAGUACCAGCAACCACAAUCUACAAGACAAGAGCCCCCGGCCAGGCCACCUCCGCCUAAUUUCUCAACGGCCCCAACUCAAAACCCCAUAUCAGUGCCAUCUAGUACACCCUACCCAGCUGCACCAAGUGCACCACAACCGGGAUAUUCCGGACAACCAGAUUCCCAGAAUUAUGUGAGUCAGACUAGUAGCUCUCGUAGCAGACCGUCUGUGACAAAUACGACAGAUAGCUCUGGUGCAAGUUCAUCAUGGGGACAACCAUAUGGUCAGGGAGGAUAUCCGAUGCCCGCCAUGCCGUCUGCUGGCUACAGUUCUUACAAUCCUUAUAUGGGCGGAUACCAGCAAGCUCCAGGGUACCCAGGAGCACCCGGCCAGCCACCAUAUCCUGCUGCAGGUGGUCAACCACCAUAUCCGGGUCAGGCACCACCACCCCAGGGGUACCCCUACCCCCAACAACAAUACCCGUACCAACAGCAAGGUUAUCCUCAACAACAGUGGAGAUAAUGUGCUAAUAAAAUACAAACUUUAAUCUAGUGAUUCUAUAUUCUGUGCAUGACAGUGAUUCAAUGUAUAUGUCUAGAACAGUGAUUCAAUGUAUGUUUGGGGUUUCUAUGUCAAUUACAGUGGUUCAGUGUUUACUACAGUGAUUCUAUGUAAAUGUCUAUUACAGUGAUUCAAUGUAAAUGUUUAUUACAGUGAUUCAAUGUAAAUGCCCAUUACAGAGAUUCAAUGUAAAUGUAUAUUACUGUAAUUCUAUGUAAUUGUUUUCUACAGUGAUUCAAUCUAAAUGUCCAUUACAGUAAUUCAAUGUAACUAUCUAUUACAGUGAUUCAGUGUAAACACAUGUAACAGUGAUUCAAUGAUAAGUUAUUAUAAGAGUGAACUCUAUAUAAUAGAUAUAUUGUUUCAUGCUUACUAAAAAAACCCUUUUUAUUCUAUAUACCAUAAAGGAACAUUUCUUUACAGCAUAUCAUUUUAUUUAAACAUUCAAAUUCAGCAUAUGAUUUAGAUCUACUUAUUCAAUGCAAAAUUCAAUAAAAGUUAUUCAAUGUAAAAUGUGAUAUACAUGUAGGUUAUAGUAAUUAAUUUAAAUAAGCCUCUGUGGUUGAGGGGUUAGAGUCGAUGACUUCUAAUCCAGUUACCUCUCUGGCGUGGGUUCGAUCCCUGGGAGAUGCUUUGGUAGUUUAGCACGGAGGAAGGUAGUCUAGUACUGGUGUAACUCUCCAGGAACGAUGGUUUGGAAAACUACCUGCCUAUAUGACUGAAAUAAUGUUGGGAAAAGGCGUAAAAUGAAACAAACAAACAAACA